AUGACACCACAACCUUCACUGCUCGAGGACGACAGUAUAAGCGAUGGUUCAGCACAAGACGUUCUCUCUCAGCUCAACGCCAGACGCCAUGUGACGUUUCCAUACAAGAACACCAGCGCGCGUAGAAAGCCUCGCAGUCUCCGCAACCUCACUCGAUCAUUUUUGUGCUGUUCAUACAAGACUGGCGCGACAAUCACCGAAGCGGAGUCCGCAGACAUCGAACGGACAGUCCGAGUAUUGAUGGCAUUGCCCAGCACCAUAAAAAACUCCCUCAGAUCGGAAUGGGGUGCUGCCUGGGCACCCAUCACGUCACAAGACAUUGACAGAUACUCCGGAGCAAUCACACCACGACUCAAUCCAGAAUAUGCGCAACUCCUUCCACUCGGGCUUAAAGGACACGAGGAGGAAGGCCUCUCACUUCCAAUCGAGCUUACAACCUUGAUCGAGAGUUUCAUCAAACGCGGCCACGACCGAGGAUGGUUUCACGCUCCUCAAGCUAGUCAAAUGACGGUACAGCUGAACACGCUGGUGGACGCCUACGGAAAGAUGGAAACUAUACGAUUCACAUCUUAUCCUAUCGCUAUCAUGAUCCAUCAGCGACAAGUCCUGGCUCUAUUCGGUGCCAUCUUGCCUCUUGCCAUUGUAGAGGAGAGUCACUGGUGGUCAAUACUCAUCGUAUCACUUGUUAUGUUCACGCUCUAUGGUAUCGAAGCCAUUGCUUCGCAGCUCGAGGAUCCAUUCGGCUACGAUAGGAACGAUAUCAAUAUGGACGCUAUUGUCGAAGACGCGAGGAUUGAGCUCAGUGUUAUGUUGAGUGAGUGGAAGAGAUCUAAUGAGGGACCAAUCAGGAAGCAGAUGUUCAUGGAAGAGAUGUAA